UCGGGGCUGGGCCUAUGCUACUACAGGCGCUCGCUGCCUAAGCCUGUCUGUGUGUGGCAGUGUCCUAGUCGUCCUCCCCUCCUCCUUCGGCAUCUGCUCUGCAUUAGUCUGUCCCAGGCCUCCGCAGGCGCCGAUGAUUAAAUCAUCAUCAUUAACCAGGGCCUGCCCCCCCCAUCCCCGGCAGCAGGGGGAGAAUGGGGGAAUAAGAUCACUACCAAGUCCCUAGGGGUCUCUCCCUCCCCAUCCCCCGGCACCCUCUCCGAGACUCUGCAAAGCCCGAGAAACUCCCUCUGUGAAGCCGGGAGAAGGCCCGCCAUCUGGAUGAAGCUCCACUACGCGGACGCCGACAGGGCGGCAUUACGAGGAGAGGACCCAGGAGGGGCUUCUUCAGCAGGGUCGUCGUCACAGAAGACCGACGACCCUGAGCGGGUAGCGGGCACAGACUGCCAGGCCUUUGGGGGUAGGAGGGGGCAGUCUUUCGCAGGCUCCAAAAGUUAGUCAUGAGGUCGCGUAGGGUCUAUUAUGAUGAUUUCUACAGGAGAUUGAAGAGAUAGGACCCUUCCCUACGCUCCCCCCCCACUCCUUAAUUACGGAUUGAGGAGGGGAGGGGCCGGUGGGGCUCAGGUGAGCGCACGGGGAGAAAGGGACGUGGGCGGGGCCUUACAGAGGGUGAGCGAAUCCGAAAAGACCUAGAACCUCGUUGCUGGGAGACAAGUCCCGCCCUGCAGGCGGCACCGGAAGUGGCCGGCUGGGAUCAGCCUUUAAGAUGGCGUCUCCUCAGGGGGGCCAGAUUGCGAUCGCGAUGAGGCUUCGGAACCAGCUCCAGUCAGUGUACAAGAUGGACCCGCUACGGAACGAGGAGGAGGUUCGAGUGAAGAUCAAAGACUUGAAUGAACACAUUGUUUGCUGCCUAUGCGCCGGCUACUUCGUGGAUGCCACCACCAUCACAGAGUGUCUUCAUACUUUCUGCAAGAGUUGUAUUGUGAAGUACCUCCAAACUAGCAAGUACUGCCCCAUGUGCAACAUUAAGAUCCACGAGACACAGCCACUGCUCAACCUCAAACUGGACCGGGUCAUGCAGGACAUCGUGUAUAAGCUGGUGCCUGGCUUGCAAGACAGUGAAGAGAAACGGAUUCGGGAAUUCUACCAGUCCCGAGGUUUGGACCGGGUCACCCAGCCCAGUGGGGAAGAGCCAGCACUGAGCAACCUUGGCCUCCCCUUCAGCAGUUUUGACCACUCUAAAGCCCACUACUAUCGCUAUGAUGAGCAGCUGAACCUGUGCCUGGAGCGGCUGAGUUCUGGCAAAGACAAGAAUAAAAGUGUCCUGCAGAACAAGUAUGUCCGAUGUUCUGUUAGAGCUGAGGUGCGCCAUCUCCGGAGGGUCCUGUGUCACCGCUUGAUGCUAAACCCUCAGCAUGUGCAGCUCCUUUUUGACAAUGAAGUUCUCCCUGAUCACAUGACAAUGAAGCAGAUAUGGCUCUCCCGCUGGUUCGGCAAGCCAUCCCCUUUGCUUUUACAAUACAGUGUGAAAGAGAAGAGGAGGUAGGGGCCAAGCCCCCACCCCAUCCCACUCCCCUUCCCUCCCCAGAUAUUUAUGUGAAAUGAACUGCAGCUUUAUUUUUUGAAAUAAAAACUUUUAAAAAGCA